AUGGAAAAUGAAGGAAUCGACUACAACAUUGUGUUUCCACAUGAAGAGACCACCGAGACGCACUGGCAGGGUACAAAAGAGCCUGUUGUGAUAUUGUUGGGAUGGGCAGGCUGCAAAGACAAACACCUCACCAAGUACAGCUCCAUCUACACCGACCAGGGAUGUGUCACUAUCCGCUACACAGCUCCUCUCAAGACAGUAUUCAUCUCCGAGUCAUUUGGAUAUAAAGAACUUCGAUGUACAGCCCUGAAGUUGCUGGAGAUCCUCUAUGAUUAUGAGGUGGAACAGAGCCCUAUUUUCUUCCACAUAUUCAGUAACGGUGGUUUCAUGUUGUACAGAUAUAUUGUAGAGCUCUUGCACAAGGACAAACAGUUCAGUUCCCUGUGUGUAAUUGGGGCCAUUGUGGACAGUGCUCCUGGUAGUGGAAAUGUACUUGGAGCAGUCAGGGCUCUGGCAGCCACUUUGGGGCCUAAAAUAAGUCCUCUUCUGAAGUAUGUCCUUCUUACACUCUUUGCGGUGACUGUUUUCCUGUUGCGAGUUGUUCUGUACCCCUUGACAAAGUACGUGCAUAAGAAUCACUAUGACGCAGUGCAAGAGGAGCCACCUGCCUGGCCUCACUUCUUCCUGUACUCCAGUGCUGAUCAGGUGAUCAGGCCAAGAGACGUAAGAGUAUUUGCAGACACACUGAAGUUUAAAGGAGUUCGAGUGGACAGUCACGAUUUUGUCUCGAGCGGCCAUGUGAGUCAUCUACGGGAAUAUCCAGAGCAGUAUCCACGCAAGUGCCGCAAUUUCCUUAUUACUUGUAUGAAGGACACAAAAGGAGCACACGCAAAAACUAGGCACCGGGUUCAGGAUCAGUGA